GAUCAGAUAAAUGGGUAUCGAGAUACUCCUGCUUAAUUGGCCUCCAUCUUAUCUCCUCUCAAGUGUAUGCAGUCAACUCUUCUCGAUGUCCUCUCUGGCCUGUUCUCUGCCUGCUGCUGCUUAAAUUUAGUAUUUGAUUUCCAAUCAAUAUAUAAUCAUCCCUGCCGGCCGGCCCUGCUAGCACGCAGUUGUUGAAUAUACAAUCGUCUUGGUGGUCUUGUUCCUCCAUUAUUCCGGCGCCAUUGAGUACUGCAGGGCCCCAGCAAGCACAGAGUACUGCAGCGAUGAGCAGCGGCAACGGCGGCGGCCGAGAUGAUGGCGGCGGCGAGGACGACCAUGUCCUGGACCACGAGUACCAAGAGGAGUAUGUGAGGAACUCGCGGGGGAUGAGCCUCUUCGCAUGCAGAUGGCUGCCUGGAAAGAGGUGGAGGACCAAGCAGGGUCCUCGUCCUCCCAAGGCGCUCGUCUUCCUCUGCCAUGGUUACGCCGUGGAGUGCGGCGUUACUAUGCGCGGCACCGGCGAGCGCCUUGCCCGUGCCGGCUACGCCGUCUACGGCCUCGACUACGAGGGCCACGGCCGCUCCGACGGUCUGCAGGGCUACGUGCCGGACUUCCAGGCCCUCGUCCAGGACUGCGACGACUACUUCACCUCCGUCGCCCGCUCCCACCCUCACCGGCGCCGCUUCCUUCUAGGCGAGUCCAUGGGCGGCGCCGUCGCCCUUCUCCUCCACCGCGCUCGCCCCGACUUCUGGGCCGGCGCCGUGCUCGUAGCGCCCAUGUGCAAGAUCGCCGACGACAUGCGGCCUCACCCGGUGGUGGUCAACAUCCUCAGGGCCAUGACCUCCAUCAUCCCCACCUGGAAGAUCGUGCCCACCGCCGAUGUCAUCGACGCCGCCUACCGGAUGCAGGACAAGAGGGACGAGAUCCGGGGCAACCCCUACUGCUACAAGGACAAGCCGCGACUCAAGACCGCCUUCGAGCUGCUCAAGGUCAGCUUGGACGUGGAGGCAAACCUCCUGCACAAGGUGUCCUUGCCGUUCCUGAUCGUGCACGGCGGUGCGGACAAGGUGACGGACCCUUCAGUGAGCGAGCUGUUAUACCAAUCGGCGGCGAGCCAGGACAAGACGCUCAAGCUCUACCCAGGCAUGUGGCACGCCCUCACCUCCGGUGAGUCGCCCAACAACAUCCGGACUGUUUUCCAAGAUAUCAUCGCUUGGCUGGACCACAGAUCGACGGAGGAGCUGCUGCCAGAGCUGGAGCAGAAGGCCAGGCAUGACCACCAACAUCACCACCAGCAUGCAGGCAAAUAGCUAGCUGCUAUAGCUAUAUAUAUGUAUACUACGUGAGCAUGGAGUUAAAUUAAACAGAGUUUGGGUUGUUAGAUUGACUAUAUAUAUUAUUGAUGCUAGCUGCAAGGCGGCCUGGCAUGUCAUGGUUAUUAUUGGACUAAAAAACACAUAAUAACAAAACACCUCAUAUGUUCUACUAGCUA